ACUGAAAUAAUAGCUCAGUCCACUCUAAACAAACAGUAAGCAGCCAUUUUAUACAAGUUAUAUUUCAACAGUUUCAAAUGAAACCUUAUACAGAUUUUGUUAUUCUGACUGGUUUUAUUUUCUGCCUAGUGAGAGGAACACCCAACCAGGAGUCUUAUGUAAGCUAUGGAAAUGGGGCAACAUCUGAAAGAAACCUUCCCGUGUGUGAAAAUCCCAACAGAGCAUGUAAUGUGUUGCAUAAACGGUUCUGGCUCUCACCAUUGGCUAUUCGGCUCUGUAAAUGCCCUGAUAGGUCAGAGUGCCCAACAGCAUGGAGUGAAGGUGAUGACCAAACUGUGCAUGUAAAUAGAAGGGCCCAACUGAAGUUUUGUGGGAAAGUGGGUGAACAAGACAACUGUACAGAAAAUAGCUUGGCAUUGGUGACUGAGAGAGUAAGAGAUUCAGCACAAAUCAUCAGCCACAAUGUAGAGGUACACUGCCACUGUCCAAAGGAACACUACUAUGACCGUCUCAACUUCAACGUCACCCUGGCACCACAAGAAAGAAGAAUAGAACGCCAGUACUACAGGUGCAUCCCACUGGAAAGAUGUGGUAGAUGGGAUUUUUGUGGCCACAUAACAACGGUACGAUAUGAGACCUACCAUGUUUGUACCUGCCCAGUGAAUCAUAUCUGUAUAAUGGUGAAUCGGCAAACAAUUCAUGCCAUGGAACCUCUUUUUGAUGGCCUGGCCUACAGAGGGCUCUGUACACCUUAUAACUCAUAAAUAAUUCUUUAUACUAAUUUUGCUGAAUUCUGUACACAUUUAUGUAUUGCAUCUUACAUGAUGUUUUGACAACCAAUUACAACAGAAAGUCAAAUAGAAAGAAUUAUGACACUUCUGAGAAGUUGUGUUGAAUAACAAACACAGUAUUUCUUAUGAGAAUAAAUUUUAAUGUAAGUAGUUUAAAAUGUUUCUUUUUAACGAACUUUUGAGUUACCAUAAAAUAUUAAAUAAACUAAAUACAACAAAGUUCUUUAGACUGAUGUAAAAAAUGGUAUUUAUUUGUAAAAAUUAAACUGAACAUCAGACAUUUAUUGUAUAUACUGUUAAACAUUCAAAAUAAGGCGAAAAGAAUCCUGCAAUGCAAGUCAAUACUUUAUUUUUAUGAGCAUAUGCAAAAAAUUAAAUUCCUAUUUGCACAUUUGACACCAUAACCAAGUUAAUUAAUGUACAUUCAUGUGACAAAAUCAAGCUACUAUAAGCAUGACUACCAGUUGUGAAAUUACAAAAUGGAAGGUCACAUUAUGUAACAAAACCCAUACCAAGACCAGAUAAUAAGAUGUAGUUCAGAGUAAAGUCAGAUCUCCUCCUCCCUAUUAUGAUGAUGAGUAAUGACAGCUCUCCUCCUUCCAGCUAUGAUGAUUGUGGAUUUUAUUACCUAAUGUGAGCUUAUGUGUUUUCACAAAUCAAGUGAAAAAAAUCUGAGUGUUAAAUUUAACUGGAAAGCUGAAUAACCUCAACUGCUUUUUCAGAAUGAGAGUAUAAAGGUGUGUGUAUAUCUAGAAACCACACAAUCUGAUUGAUAAACUUCUUUUCGUAUUACACCCACAGCCAAAAUGCUUAAUUUUAUAUUGUAUCUUUUUUUGUAAAACUUGCAUUCCUAUUGAUGUAGUGACUGAAAUCAUGCUUUACUUCAUACAACUUACUCUGAUUUACCACAAACAAAUAAAAAGAUAACAGACUUUUUGUAAUAAAGCACCAUUUCUCUCUCCAAACUUAAUUUUUAAACCAAUUCAUCAAAUUCCAAUUUUAUGUAUUUUUUUCUACUUUAAUCAAUCAUUCUGCAAUUGGCAACCAAAUUAAAUUCAAGAUAUCUAUCAGGAUAUUAAACCACUUUUAUGUUAGAAUUUUGUUCAGAAGAAUUUUCUAUAUCAUUCCACAUUAUGUUUUUCUGUGAAACUGUCAAUUACAUACAACAUUUUAAGGUAUAAGAUGAUAUAUUAAAAAAAAUGGAUCAUGCCAAUUUUUCUUUCACCAACAUAACAUGGUUUUCAUGACAUUUCUUAAUUUUGAAUAUUGAAUCCAACACAUUUUAAUUUAUGUGUACCUUUUUUUCAAAAAUUCUGUAGAAGCACCAGUUUGUUUUUCCAUCAAAGGAAGUAGUUAAAAAUGAUUAAUCUAUGUUCUCCCAAAGUAGCUAAUAUUAUGUUUGACAUGAAACUAAGAUGGAUCUAGUGUUCAUUAUUUAACUUUGAACAAAAUAAAAAUACUAGGUUUAGAUAUCCUAGAAUUAGGUUUUAAUAGUAAUAAUACAUUUUUAUCUAUAAAUUCACUUUGUUUACAACAGGUGAAAUCAGAUGUUACUAAGUCCAGCAAGCCUAUUACAAAUGUGUCACUGUACUAAGCACCUUUCUGUACAUGUACUUUGAAUAUAGCUUUCUCAUAUUUUAUAAGUUCUCAUAAAA